AGCGUCAUUGAGGGUGCUCUUCGGCCCAUAGAAACUAGCCGGAAGUUGGAUACAUUUCCAAUAUUUUGUGUAUUUUUGUCUUCCAAAUCGCCUUUCUUCAGCUAUUUCAAGAUGAGUUUGGAAACUACUCUUCGGUACGAGACAAAUGUGAGGAAAGGCAGCCUAAUCCAAACAUUGAACAGACAACAAAAACGAAUACAGACUGCUGAACUGAUGGCAAACAGAGAAAAUACCGUCCGACUAGAGCAGCAAAUCAAUUUGAAAUCAGACUGGGAUGAAUCAGUAUCUCGCAAUGAGGCCUGCAGAAUGAAAUAUAACAACAAAAUUUCCAAAACUGAACUAAAACUGGUCAACACUACCGUUAAUGCUGUCAGAAAAGCUGCCUUGAAGAACCUCUUGGACAAGGAACAAGCAAUGUAUGCCAAGGAGCUGCAAGAACUUGGAAAAACAUUUUAUGUCCAGCGAGCGUAAUUUCAAAGGCUUUCAUGAAAAAAAACAUUUCGUCCAAAAAACCAUGGCAGAUUCUGUCUCAAUGUAAAUAAAAAAAUUUCCUUAAGUGCUUACGCUUACUAAAACGAGGUGUGGCAUGAGUCAUUUGUUUACAACAAGAUAUUUGCAUUUGUUUAUUAUAUUAGUGUCUUUUACUGGAGUAAUGUAUGCAUCUUGUAUGCAGUUUUUUAAGGAGUUUUAUUUAUAAGAUCUCUGGUCUGACCGAGAAUGUUCACUAAGUUUAAAAUUCAUGAUACAUUUAAUCGUCCUAGGUGGAUUUAUGAAUCAAAUUGAAAUGCAACAUACAUUAUAUUCAUUACCCUGGCUGUGAUACAUGUAACUUUACAAAAAUUGAAAUGGAUUAGUUAUAGAACUAAGUGCCUAGUCUCUGCAGUGUUGAUAAUCAAACUAGUUUCAGUAACAAUACUUAGAUUACUAAAGUAAGCCCAGCCCCUCCACAUAACUAUAUUUUGAUGUCAUACCCUUAUUAGGAACCCCUAUGCAUUUUCAAAAGAAUUUAGAUUUGUUGAUAUUGUUUUCCCUUGUUUGCUGUGAUUGCGUGUGCUAAUAAACAUUUAUUUUCAAUAUUCCGA